CUACCCCAAGCACGUCUGGUCACCCGCUGGUGGUUGGUACUCACAACCCAAGAACUGGAAGGCCAACACUGCCGUCAUGGGCCUCUCGGUCGUCCUCGUCGCUGGCGUCUUCUUCAGCUUGAGUGCCGAGCGCGAGCACCGCUACAAGAUGCCCGAGCAGGGCCGUUUCUUCNCCAGCAGAUACUGGAGCCGUCAGAUCCGCGAACACGAGCGAUCCCUCGCACCCACCGACGAGUA